AUGACGCCAAAUUUGUCAGUGCCCGAUUCUAAGUCUGAGGAACUUAGUUUGCUGGACAGCUUGUACGAGAAAGAUGAUGCUAUAUCACUGAAACAUUUUCUCCCUGAUAUAAUUCAUGGAAUUUUUCUAAACCGUUUAGAUCCAAAAUUGGGUGUUAGUUAUUUAUCUGCAUAUUUGGGUUUUUUGGAGACCUUCAAAGCCGGAAAUUACGUUAAAUCUAUUGCUCUCAAUAAGUUCUCAGAGGUCUUGACUGAAUUUACCAAGGUAUUGUAUUCAAACAAUUGUGACCAGGAUGAAGUUUCCUCCAGUCUCAUCAAAAUCAUGACCAUUUUGCAACAAAUUUCUCUGAAUGACGAGCAAACGGUUUUAGACAUCAGCAAGAAUGAAGUGCUACUCGGCGGUUUGGUCUCCAUGUUAAAGAGCAGUAACUCCGACGUAAUAUCGCAUGCCUUGAAGUCUCUCAUCUAUUUUGCCAAAAACCAUGAAAUUCGCAAAAAAGUUUCUCACUUGAAUUCAGAAGAAAUCUGCCUACUGAUCCUAAGCAAUUAUGAUUUUCCUCUUAAAAAGUAG